UCCUCGCUCCUCUCAAGAAGUAUAGAUGGAUUUCUCCGUAGGUAUGAAUCCCGGCCCACGAGAGUUUUGGGUCCCGAUUUCUCAAUCCCGCUUGGAUUCUUUUCACAGAUUGCCUCAUCGCACUCUGCGGAAUUCCAUAAAUCUCCGACACGCGGAAGAGUGGUUGAACGCGGAAUCGUCUGCCAUCACUGCAGUCAAACUAGCUUUCCAGUAUGCACUGGAACACCCAAACGAUGGAUUAGGCAUGUUUGGACGAAUCUUAAUAUCGUUAGAGAAUCAGUACCCCAAUACUUCUCGACAACUAUGGCAUCAACUAGCCCAACCACGUCUCGCCGUGAUAUAUUCCGCGACAUUUUCCCCCAAUACCCCCCCGAACUUUAGACCAACCAUACUCAGCAUUCUCUUGAAACCCGAGAUUCGCACCCUUGCCGAUUUACAGCCGCCGCUGAGGUCUGCUCGUAAUUCCCUCAGGCCCAUUGCGCGACUUGCCCCUGAAACGCUGGCCUACUGUUUUUUACUACUCAGGUCCCAGGAAGUGCAAACUUUCCUGGGCCCGAAACCCAACCACGAUCCGACUGGUAUACAGGGUCUGCUAGCCAUCACACAUGUCUGCCGAAGGUGGAGAGAUGUGGCUAUCGAUUGCAAGGCUCUUUGGCGGCAUCUAGACACCUCUUGCGGCUCAAAAUGGUUUAACACCAUGUUAUCGAGGGCCGGUUCACUACCACUUGUGGUAUCUGCUGAAUAUGCUCAUGAACCUGAUCUCUCUAUAAUUCGGUGGAGCAUUGCUCCCAACAUCAACCGCAUCGAGUCUUUGUCUCUCUCUGCCCCGUUUGGCAACGCACUCACCAAAUGUUUAGCCUGCCUACCGCGUGAACUUCCUACACUGAAGGAACUGAAAGUGGAGGCUUCGUACGAAUCUACCUCCACAGAACUCAUGCCUGUCGAUCGCACGUUUCUUGGGAAAUACACUCCACUAUUAUCGAACCUUGCGCUCUUGGGCGUCGAAUUUUAUGAACCCCUUCAAAUGGUCGUACCCAAUAUAACGUCUCUAUUUUUAUCUCUCACCCCUGCCAGUGAUUUUCGAGUCACUCCUGAUGACUUGUCCUCAUGGAUGGCUCGAUCACCAGGAGAUGUGGUCUUCGGUGUCCUCCUCGAUGUCUUAGAACAGCUGCCAUCUCUCCGUUACCUGACAAUCAUCAAAUAUCUUCGCCCGCCCGAAUCAGGGGAUCUAUUCUCACAUCCGAUCGUACGACUUCUAGACUUGAGAAGUCUAACACUGUUCGAAGAUGCUGCCGAAUGUGUGCGUCUCUUGAGGCAUCUCUACAUACCCCCAACUGCACUGCGUCAUAUAUCCGCAAAGGUGAGGUUGGAUGAUGCUGAAGACGUGGAUGCACACGUGGAUGCACUCGAGGAUGCUGCACAGGAAUUGAUGCUACACGAUGGUAUGCAGAGUCGCAUGCGCAUGAUCAGCAUUGAGGCAUACUCCGAAAACGAAUCCCAGUUACCAGAAUUUUUCCAUGGGGAGCCCGAGGAAGGACUGGAGAAACGUAUCUAUGUGAGGCAUUGGCUUGAUGCCUGCCCUGGAGAGAUCGACGAUUUCAUCCCGAUCCCCCAAACAGUUCCGGAUAUACGAAUCGCGCUGAAACACUCUGUUGAAGAUAACGUAGAGUCCAGAGGCUUUCCCUUGGUCAAUGCAGUCCGCAAAGUGGUGGCGAUGGAGUUUAGCGCAGUGGAAACCCUUUCCCUACCCUGGUUUGUGGACGCUGAGGACAAACAUUCCGAUCUUCUCAAUGCAGAAUGGUGGAUUGCAGGAUUUGGUCAGAUGCAUCAACUUCGCCAUGUUGAGGCGUGUGCAAGGGUAGGACACGCGUUAAUAGAGGCCCUCGUACGCCACCGCGAUUUCGGAGACACCACCCUGUACUCCGCGAACAUGAUCAGAAGUGAAAACUUCGAAUUAUACCAUCCGCAACUCACUCACAUCGCAUUGUCCCAAAUAGACUUCGACGAAUGCCGCGAUGGAAAGCAGACGACGUACGAGAUGUUACAUUCUGCGUUGUCCACGAGAAGUGCGUCGGGAUGUCCUGUGCAGUGGUUACUGAUUGAGAUGUCCACGAUCACAAAGCAAUCGGUGGAUGAACUUUCGAGGAUGGUUGAGAGUGUAUUGUGGGACGAAGAUUGGGGUAGUCGUGAAGAUGAAGAUUCUGCUACAAGUGGGUAUCCCGAAGAAGUCUCCCACUGGUCUAUCAAUGAUGAAUAUCAGGACGAAGACGAGGACGACGAAGAUCAGGACGACGACGACGACGAUGAAGAUCGGGAUGACGACGACGAUGAAGAUCGGGACGGCGACGACGAUGAAGAUCGGGACGAUGACGAAGACGGAGACCCGGGAAGUACCUCAUCAUCUGAUAUAAGGGACCUGAUGGAUACUGCCAAUAACGGUUCGCCGUCCAUGGUGUAAAUGAGGACGAUAGAGGGGACGAAGAAGGACCUAGGGCUGCAUCUCAGCUGUAGCCUGUAGACCGUGAGUAGAUACUGUAUGA